CCGUUGGAACGGGCGUCUGUCUUGUGGGUGGGGGUCCGCUGGACGUAAAGCCACUCAGUUAGCUCAUGUUAGCGUUAGCUAGCGUUAGCUAGCGUUAGCCUGGAAAACCCUAAUCUUCCAUGUUCAGCGUUCGCUUGUUCUGAAGUCUGUCCUCAAAUAUAACAAGCAAAGAAGCAGAAGUAUCUUAAUGUUUGCCUGCAAGUAAAAACUAAACGCCAACCUGGGAUAACGACGGGAUCACACUCUUCUCAUUCUUUACCUUCAGUUUUCUACGCGGAAGUGACUGGAAUUCAGUAAAACAGUUUACAGCUCACAGCAAACUUCAUGAAGUCUGUUGGCUGCUCCUGGUUAAAGUCUGUUCUGUGUGUUUGCUCGACAGCGUUAAUUUAUUCUAAGCACUACUUCACUUACGAUUUUGAUCAUUUAGUUUAAAAAGUGAAUGUUUUCUAGGUUGCUAGUUUUUUUAAUACGAAACUGAACCUUUUUAUGUUUUGGAUUGUUGAUUUAUUCUUUUAUUUACACGUGUUUCUGUAAAACAUGGGAGUUUUUGAUUCAACAAUUACUUUGUUAAAGCGGAGCUCAUAAUGAGAAUCACCACUUGUAGCUUUAGAGUCUGAAAGGCAACAGGAUCAAAUUAAAACAAUAGUACAUUUAAAGGAAAUUCCUGUGACUAAUUGUUGCAUUUUCCAUAAUUGGAUUGAAUUACGCCCUCAUCCAUGCGGAUGUCCAGUUAUCAGCUGAAUGCUGCCAUUUGGCCCGAACAAUAAGAGCCUGAUGAAGUGACAUCCCAUAUAUUCUUGCUAUUGUCCCCCUUAAUGAGCCAGGAGUCUGGGAAUGUGAGCUGCUCACCGUCACAAGAUGCAGACUAUCAAGUGUGUGGUAGUGGGCGACGGUGCGGUGGGGAAAACCUGCCUGCUCAUUUCAUAUACCACCAACAAGUUUCCCUCUGAAUACGUUCCCACGGUGUUCGAUAACUAUGCUGUGACGGUGAUGAUCGGUGGGGAGCCGUACACUCUGGGACUGUUUGACACUGCAGGUCAGGAGGACUACGACCGCCUGCGACCCCUCAGCUACCCCCAGACCGACGUCUUCCUCGUCUGCUUCUCUGUCGUUUCACCCUCGUCCUUUGAGAACGUCAGAGAGAAGUGGGUGCCAGAGAUUUCACACCACUGCCUGCGGACGCCGUUCCUGCUGGUCGGGACUCAGGUGGACCUGAGAGAAGACACCAACACUCUGGAGAAAUUGGCCAAGAACAAACAGCGAGCUCUGACCUGUGAAGCCGGAGAGAAACUGGCUCGAGAGCUGAAGGCUGUCAAAUACGUCGAGUGUUCAGCUCUUACACAGAGAGGGCUGAAGAAUGUCUUUGAUGAGGCCAUUCUGGCAGCUCUGGAGCCUCCAGACAACAAACCCAAGAAGCGCUGCAUCCUGCUGUAAACACCGGGGGGGGGGGAGGAGGAGGAGGUGGUCGGGUAGAGAUGGACCCGGAUGGGAGCAGGGAGGUGGAGGCAGAGGUGGUGAACGUGUAGAAACAGUGCCUUCAGUCCCAGUGACUUCAUGUGGGUGUGGACGGCUCUCGACAGGCUUUAUUUCCAUCAUAGAUACGUGUUGCUAUAAUAUGACUAACACAUGACAACACUCCUCAACAAACAGGAAGAGAUUUAUUAAUAGGAGGAGCAGGUGGAACAAUAGAGGUUCAAACCUCAGAGGCCUUAAGAUGCUGACAGUGAACGGAGUCACAGCUGAGAAUCAAACCAUGGUAAUGUUUGUGUUUAGGGCCUUUUCAGACGUGAUGACUUCGUCAUCAGACGUCGGCUGGAGCAGAACUUUAAGCUUCUGUCUUGUUAGAGCACUUUACUCCACCAGCCUGAGUUUGACCUCACGUCUGAGUGGCAGAAAAGUAAGCAGCUUGUCCUUCUGAACAGACUUUUAGCUUUACACGAAAAGUAAACACGAACAUUUGUCCCUUUUUUUUUUUUAUACAAUAGGACACAUUUAAUUCACAAACUGAAGGGCAGUGACCUCAAAAUACGAAAACCUGGAGAAAGUAGAAAUGAAGACUGGGCAGCAGAGAUUCGACCUAGUUAAAGCAGUCAUUCUGUAUCCGGACCUCAUCCAGAUUAGCACACGCAGAUUAGAAGAGUGAGGUAAUGAUUUUAAAGUUGGCAAAAGCCACGACACUAAGCUUUGAUUUGUGGAAACGUCAGCCGGAUGCAUCACACUGGAGUGGAGCCGUAUGUGACGUCUCAGUCCAGCAACAAACUGAAUUAACUGCAGCGUCGACACCUCAACCUCCACCAGCACCAGACGGUCGCUGCAAAUGCCUUCAAGUGUUUUUACCCAAAGCAGACUUUCCCUUUUACAUAAUGCCGUUUUUAUCUGUUCAUCCUCGUUUUGAACCAUCAGGACCUUUUGCCACGAUCUUGGACGCUGCUGUGGUGCUUUGCGGUUGUAGAUGUUCCUCAGCGUGUUGUCCUCCCUGCUCUUCUCUCCUCCUGACUGGACCCUCGCUGCCCCUCGGUCCAUUAGCUCCUCCUGGAGGCCUUUAACGGGCCGGCCGCCGACAGGAUGGUCAGUGUUUGUUUAACGAGGGAGAAGAGAUGAUGUAAACUGGAUAUUAUCGCACACGCUCAGGUUUACAAACGCUGCUUCUCCUCAUGUUAAAUUGAGCUUGUUCCACAGUAAAUUUUAAAAAAGUCCACUUUUCCUACAUAUUUUUUCAUUGUUUUGCAGAUGAGGGUUUGUUCUGAUAAGUAUUAUUUUAUUUUCUUGCUCCAUUUUGUUUCCUGGGGACAUUAUUUUAUCCUUAGAUGUUUUUACUAUUACUUGACGGCUGACUGAUAAUCACAGCCUGGACUGUCAAACUAACUCAACUCAUAAGCUUUGGAGAGAACGUAAAAGAGCAGAAGCAAUAAGUACAUUUGUGGAAAACUCUGCUCUGUGUUGAAAGGUGAAUGUUGAGCAGGUGGGUGUUUGGAAAAAUAAAAUCAGUACUUGAAGGCUG